AUGGCUUCUCCUAGACAGCCCCCACUCGGGGCAUCAGGACUGCUUCAGGGGAGCCGAGCUCGUUCUUAUGGAAGUCUGGUGCAGUCUGUCUGCUCCCCAGUGAGGGAAAGACGCCUGGAACAUCAAUUGGAACCUGGAGACACUUUGGCUGGACUAGCACUCAAAUACGGGGUGACGAUGGAGCAAAUUAAGCGUGCAAAUCGCCUUUAUACUAAUGACUCCAUCUUCCUGAAGAAAACCCUCUACAUCCCCAUCCUGAGAGAGCCCAGAGACCUGUUCAAUGGUUUGGAUUCUGAAGAAGAGAAAGAUGAAGAAGAAGAGAAACAGUCAAGUAAGGAUGAAGUUAGACAGCACACAGCUGAGAGGAAAAAGCAAGUGACAAGUUCGAGACGUGCCAAUGGUGACGUUCUCCCCACACCUGGUCAGGAAUCCCCCACGCCCAUCCAUGACCUCUCAGCCUCUGACUUCCUUAAGAAACUUGAUUCACAGAUCAGCCUGUCAAAGCAAGUUGCUGCCCAAAAGCUGAAAAAAGGGGAAAGUGGGGUGCCUGGGGAGGAUGCUGGUCCCCACCUGAGCUCACCUCGGAUGCAGCAGCGAGCAGUCUUGGGUCCUGUGCCACUAACCCGGACCUCACGGACCCGGACACUACGGGACCAGGAGGAUGAAAUCUUCAAACUCUGA